GUUGUUUUUUUAUUAUUAGAUUAUUCACUUUAACUGUUCAGAAUUUGAGGAUUCUCUUUGCUUGAUGAUAUCAGUUCAUUGUCUGAUCCAUACCAUCCUCAGUUCUUCCUUUCAUUGACAAACAUAUCUUUAUUUUUGGCAGGGAGGUUUCAUUGUAGAUAUGGGAGUGCAUUUCACUGCAGGACUAAGGAUGCUUGUUGGAUGUGAGAUUACCUCAGUUUCAGCUAUAACCUCUCAUGUGGAUAAAACUUUACCUCCCCCGGACAUCAUAUCUUCAAACUUUAACUUGGAGAAUGGUUGCUCUGGAGUCUUCGUAUUGGUAGCAUCCUCUAGAUCACCCAAGAUAUUUUGGAGAGUCGUUGGCUUGAAGGGAACAGUACAAGUUGAGCGUCAAAAGCAAGAUGGAAAGCAUGGCUACACGGUUUUAUUCUAUGGUGCUGAUGGGAAAUGCAAUUCUUCAUUCUACCCAUUCUGUGGGGUGAACGAAGAACUAAAAUGUUUUGUACAUGAUAUAUCAAAGGCUACACUUAAGGUAAUAAAAGAUCCCAAUUUCAUGUCGGUUUGACUAAAGAAUUUACAUGCACUGGAUACAUAGUGAUAUUUACAUAACUCAUGGAAUUUCAUGAGAAGUAAAAUGAUGUUUCACAAACAAGAUCAUACAGGUGUUUUGUCAUGCUUCAAAAUAACUAUUUCGAUUGAUUGUGUCACCCUCAUCAAACCCUUCUUUUCCUAGAGAUAAAGAUGACUUCUUUUAAAAUGCUGUUUACCUUAAGAUGCCUGACUGUCUUCCUCACAUUCUUGCAGAAGGAGAGUGCGUAUGAAGC